AUGUUUACAUCAUUAUUCUCGACACAGCUGGACGAUUUCCGGCGCUCAGGAUUGAUUGGUUUAAAAGUUGAUCGGAGUUUAUACGGUGGAUCAAAUAUUGAGAUCGAUUAUAAAUGCAAUGAGGCCAAUGAUAACAAAGAUUACAUUCAGUUUGAGUAUGAGGAUGCUGGUUAUCAAACCAUUUUUGCUGUCGAUUAUUUCACCGAUCUCUGGGCUUAUCUCGAUUGUAUCGGUUUCAAAAAUCGUUUAGCUACUCAUCAACAUCGUCCAUUCGAUAAGCACAAUCACUCAUUCACCGAUGCUCAUCUAUUGAAAAAACAUCUACGAGAUUCAUCCAAAUGUGGAGAACUUUAUCAACAUGCUUUAAGAUUCUUUGAGUUAUUUUUGAACUCGUACAAAGGGACACCAAAAAUGGGUAUUCUGUGGACAAAUGAGGCUCAUGCAGAUGAGAAAAUUUGGCACAACUCUGAUGAAUAUUAUGUGAAAUUGUUGAGGGAAAACAAAGAACAGCUUGACGAUUCUUUUGUAAUCAUCAUGGGCGAUCAUGGAAGAGAUUUCCAAAUGGAUGACCCAUUCUUUCGAUUAAUGGGUGAACACGGGAAACGCUUUGAUAUGCCAACCGGUUCUCGUCAAGGUCCCUUCGAAAACACGAACAUUCUCAUGCUUUUUUCGAUUCCAAAGAGGCUACGAAACACUCAAAUUGAUGAUAUGAUCCGUAAAAACAGCGUUCAUCUAUUCACCCAUCACGAUUUGCAUGCAACUCUAAUUGAUAUUAUACGACAUCAACCACUCGCUCAGUUCAACGAUCAAAGCUUUUUGAAGAUUAAUGGUACUCUUGGAAACUCGUGGUUGAGAGAAUUGGAUCGAGAUUUGCCAAGAGAUUGUCGACACUUACCUAUUCCAUCUCAGUUUUGCCCAUGUAAUUACGGGAAAGAAGCGAAUUUCAAAGAAGAAGCCGGUGAAUUAAAGCUGAAUCCGAGAGUGUUCACUCGGAUAAAUAAAUACGGCUCAACAGCCGAUUGUCUCUUUUCUGUUCCCGAUCUUGUUCUGCAUCGACCCGAGUGUUAUUGUAAUAAACAAAAGAGC